AUGUCAUUCCGGGUGUAUAGAUGUGCCUGUGUUAUUCCUAUCAACAAAAAGACAAAACCAAUAUUAACACAUAGAGCUGUUCCAACGCCAAAGGGUGAAAUGAAAACAAUAAUUGCCUUUUUGUUUCUUUUGUUGAUGGCCGCGCUUUGGCGUUGGAACAACUGUAGGCUUCGCCACUUGACUUCCAGACUUGUCAAUUUAAAUAUCGAUAGUUUAGAUUUGGCCCUCAUUAUACUAUACAAUAUACAAGAUAGUUGGCUAAAACUAUACGACAUAUGCUUUAAGAAAAAUGCAGCUAUACUUGUAAUUGACGAUAUAGUACAAGUCUAUUUCAGAACCGAGCUUCAAAAUGGUCUAGAAUCCCGGAAGAUGUUUACGGCAUCAAGAAAAUGA